UUCCCGAGUCGAGAUCAGAUUACUCGGGUCUGGUCUGAUCUGAUAACUGACUUUCAAAGCCUGUACUUGGGCACUUUAUAAUAAUCUAGUAUAUAGCAUUUUUUUUUUCAGCGUGCGAUUCGCUUCAAUAUUUAACAUUUUCUUAUUUGCCCGUGGCCUUCAACUUCCUUCUCUUUUCCAUCCCAAGCUUCUCUAUCACUAUGGCUGCUGAAGACUUGUUUUCUGUGCCUAUCUUCUUCAUCUUGUUCAGAGAAACAACCGAAGCUGCUAUCAUUGUGUCUGUCUUGCUGUCUUUCUUGAAGCAAGUAUUCGCUGAUGAUCGAACUAUCUACAGACGACUUUGCAAGCAAGUGUGGUUUGGCUCCAUUGCUGGCCUUGUCAUUUGCUUAGCCAUCGGUGCUGCUUUCAUUGCUGUCUGGUACACCGUUGCAUCCGAUCUCUGGGCCAACAGUGAGGAUAUUUGGGAAGGUUGCUUCUCCUUGGUCGCCAGUCUUUUGAUUACCGUCAUGGGUAUUGCUAUGCUUCGAACCGAAAAAAUGCAAGACAAGUGGAAGAUUAAGUUGGCCAAGUCCAUGGAGGCUCAAGCUGGCAAGCAGGACCUCCGCACUAAAUCGCAACGUUAUGCUUUCUUCAUUUUGCCCUUCAUUACCGUCCUCCGUGAAGGUCUUGAAGCCAUUGUGUUCCUGGGUGGUGUUUCUCUCGGUGAACAAGCCAAAGCCAUUCCUAUUGCUGCCAUCAUGGGUAUCAUCUGCGGUUGUUUGGUAGGUUAUCUACUUUACCGUGGUGGAUCCCUCGUCAAACUUCACUGGUUCUUCGUCAUCUCUACCUGCAUUCUCUAUCUCAUCGCAGCUGGUCUGCUGUCCAAGGCCGUUGGUUAUUUUGAACAAAAUGCAUGGAACCAAGUGAUUGGUGGUGAAUCUGCCGAAGAAGGAGGUGAUGUUAUCGACUACAAGGUCACCACCGCUGUUUGGCACACUAGCUGGGGUAACCCAGAACUUAAUACGAGUGACAAUGGUGGUUGGCAAAUCUUCAAUGCCAUCUUGGGCUGGAAUAACACUGCUACUAUUGGAUCUAUUGUCACUUACUGUGGUUAUUGGGUUCUCGUAUCGGCUACUUUGGUCUAUCUUCACUUCAAGGAGAAGCGCGACGAAGCUCGUGAAGCUCAUGAAGAAAAAAUCAACCCUGACUUGGCCAUCCAAAAGGCUGCUGCUAUCAUCAGUGCCAAAGAGAGAGAACAAGAUGAGACCGUCGAAAUUGACACUGAUCGUAAAGUAUAAUGAAUACGAACCUUUCUAUUAAAAAAAUUGUACUUGUACAUACAUCUAUAUUGCAUAUCCUCCAUCAUCCCUGUAUUCUCAUUCCCAACUCUCAGCCUUUUCUUUAAUUGUACUACCUCUCUCCCGAUUCAUCUCGAAUAAACAUUUAAAUUAAAACUAUCUAUCAAGAAAGACACUAGAAUGAUUG